GUAGGUACAUUAGACAGUAACAAUGGCAGGCUCCGGGCACACGUGGCCCAAUAGCCAGGACGAUUACGAGCUCCUGGACGUCAUCGGGGUCGGCGCCACCGCCGUAGUACACGCCGCCUACUGCCGCCCGCGCAACGAGAAGUGUGCCAUCAAGCGCAUCAACCUCGAGAAGUGGAACACCUCCAUGGACGAGCUCCUCAAGGAGAUCCAAGCCAUGUCCAGCUGUAACCACGAGAACGUCGUCACCUACUACACCAGCUUCGUCGUCAAAGAGGAGCUGUGGCUCGUACUCCGGCUGCUCGAGGGCGGCAGCUUGCUCGACAUUAUCAAACACAAAAUGAGGAUAUCUAACUGCAAACAUGGUGUCUUCGACGAGGCCACCAUCGCCACCGUACUCAAAGAAGUGCUUAAGGGACUAGAGUACUUCCACCAGAAUGGACAGAUUCACAGAGACAUAAAGGCUGGUAACAUUUUACUUGGUGAUGACGGUAUCGUCCAAAUCGCUGAUUUUGGUGUAUCUGCGUGGCUUGCAACCGGCCGUGAUCUCUCACGACAAAAGGUUAGGCAUACGUUCGUAGGCACACCAUGCUGGAUGGCGCCUGAAGUGAUGGAGCAAAACCACGGCUAUGAUUUCAAAGCUGAUAUCUGGUCAUUCGGAAUUACAGCUAUAGAAAUGGCUACUGGCACUGCACCAUAUCACAAGUAUCCGCCCAUGAAGGUACUCAUGCUUACCCUACAAAACGAUCCGCCCACGCUCGACACUGGCGCCGAAGAGAAGGACCAGUACAAGGCCUAUGGUAAAACGUUCAGGAAAAUGAUAUUCGAGUGUCUGCAAAAAGACCCUGCAAAACGACCGACGGCUACCGAGCUGUUGAAGCACUCGUUCUUUAAGAAGGCACGCGAUCGUAAGUAUCUGGUCUCUACCCUGGUGACAAUCGGACCCAGCAUGGAGACACGUGUACACAAGGCUAGUCGAAGGCAACCCGGAGCCUCGGGUCGUCUGCAUCGCAUGGAGACUGGAGAGUGGGUGUGGGAAAGCGAGGAGGAAGAUGACGAUGAGGACGACGCAGCACGGGACCGACCCAUGAACACUCUGGAGCGCGCCGACAGCUCGGACAGCGACGACGAGCGCGCCGCCUUCACCAUCGGCUCGGCCGGCGCACCCGACGCACGCCAGGCGCCACUUAUCAACCUCGUGCUGCGCAUGCGCAACGCGCGCCACGAGCUCAACGACAUUCGCUUCGAGUUCGCAGCGGGCAAGGACUCGGCGGACGGCAUCGCCACGGAGCUGGUGGGCGCAGGGCUGCUGGACGCGCGCGACGCUGACGUCACGGCGCGCCAGUUGCAGCGCCUGGUGGACGACUUCUUGUUCCCGGCUGCCGGCACGACCGCGCCGCGCUCGCUCACCUUCCGCCUCAACUCGGCGCCGCCCGAACCCGAGGACGAGCAGAGCCUCGUCGGUUUCGCGCAGAUCUCCAUCGUGGACUGACCGGUGCCGUCGACCCGACUAUUUAAUAUAUUAUCUAUGCUUAGGACCUCCUACGUAUUUUAUGGGUGGAUAUGGAAUUAUAUUAGUUGUAUAUCGUUUAUGCGGUGGUGAUUUUUGUGGACGGAUGGUCCCGGGGGCGCGGCGACUCGUCGUAGCUCGGCGCGUCAAUGUACUCCCCGCUGCCUCUGCGGGCACUGCUCUGCGCAGUGCGCAUCGAGUCAUCUGUGUACGAAAACUAUCGCCGCGUAGCUCAAAUGAAUGUAUAUUUUACAUUAUGAUUAUAAGGGUGAAUCUGAAUUUAUAAGAGUAUUUUUUGUGAUCGUACCGUGUCAAUUUUGCUGCUUUCCAACACUGUAAUCGAUUAACUCGGGCCCACAUUCGCAAAUAUUGCAAGCUAUACCAAGGAUGACAAUGAAUGACUUAAUAGAUUGCGGAAAUAGAGUGAAUACAUCCAACAUGUAAGUUAGCACUUCUAGCAUAAAUUAUACUUGAUUAUAACAAAAAGCUACCUAUUACUGUAAUUCGUGUUACUUUAUAACAACUUCCAAGUGCCAUAUUUAUGAAAUAUGAAUGGAUAAAAAUCGUGUACUGUAAGUUCAACAGUGAUAUAAAAUUGCAUAUAAUAAAUCAUUACAGUGUUAAUUUAAAUAGCAGGUCUAUAUAGCACCAUAGAAUGUUCUUUUUACAUUGUUAUUUGUUUGUUGCUUAUUUUGGAAGUAUUUUAAUAAUAAAAGAUGAAAUCGA